AUGGCCUUUGUUUUCUUGAAUCGGUAUUUGGAUCUCUCCGAGGCCAUGGAACAAGGGGAUGGGGGCGGCAUGAUCGAAAAUGCGGAUUUCGUGGACACUGAUAUACCGUACGAUUUCGGCCUACCUGAGCGGGAGUACGUCACGGAAGAGAGGCGCGAGGAGGUCAGAGACUGGGUGCUGGCCGUGUCCAUGGAUCAGAAGGUCGAGCAGUCGUUGUCAGCCAGAGUGUGCAGCCAGUGUGGAUCGGACACCUAUGAGGCGAAUCUGACCUGCCACAACUGCAAGGCCAAGUCGGAGAUGUGCGCCGUGACGGGAUACCCCAUUCCCACUCACGAGAGGACUCAGUCCCAUGGAGACGUCUCAGUCGCUGCCAGGAAGCACGACUGGGAUACUUGGGUGUUACGGUUCGACGCCUGCCCAGUCACACACGCACCUCAGAGCAUGGCGUACAAGACAUGA